AUGGCUCAGUCCAAGGGCACAGUGGUCCUGGCCUACAGCGGGGGGCUUGACACAUCCUGCAUCCUGGUGUGGCUGAAGGAGCAGGGCUACGAUGUUGUUGCCUACCUGGCCAACAUUGGGCAGAAGGAAGAUUUUGAGGCAGCACGAAAGAAAGCACUGGCACUGGGAGCCAAGAAGGUUUACAUCGAGGACGUCAGCAGGGAGUUCGUGGAGAGGUUCAUCUGGCCGGCAGUGCAGGCCAACGCGCUCUACGAGGAUCGGUACCUGCUGGGCACGGCCCUGGCACGGCCCUGCAUCGCCCGCGGGCUCGUGGGCAUCGCCCAGCAAGAGCGAGCCCAGUACAUCGCCCACGGGGCCACGGGCAAGGGCAAUGACCAGGUUCGGUUUGAGCUCAGCUGCUAUGCCCUGUGUCCCGAGAUCAAGGUUGUUGCACCGUGGAGGCUGCCCGAGUUUUACCAGCGCUUUCCUGGACGCCGUGAGCUGAUGGAUUAUGCCAAGAAACAUGGGAUCCCAGUUCCUGUGACACCUCAGACACCCUGGAGCAUGGAUGAGAACCUAAUGCACAUCAGCUACGAAGCCGGGAUCCUGGAGAACCCCAAGAACCAGGCUCCUCCCGGGCUCUACACCAAGACCUGUGAUCCGGUCAAUGCUCCCGACACCCCAGAUGUGCUGGAGAUCAAGUUUGAGAGGGGUGUCCCAGUGAAGGUCACCAACACUGGGGACGGAGCCACUCGUUCCUCGGCCCUGGAGCUCUUUGUGUACCUGAACGACAUCGCGGGCAAGCACGGGGUUGGGCGCAUCGACAUCGUGGAGAACCGCUUCGUUGGGAUGAAGUCCAGAGGUAUCUAUGAGACCCCAGCAGGAACGAUCCUAUACCACGCGCAUUUAGAUAUCGAGGCCUUCACCAUGGACCGGGAAGUGAGGAAAAUCAAGCAGGGGCUCUCCUUGAAAUUCUCAGAGCUGGUGUACAACGGCUUCUGGCACAGCCCUGAGUGUGAGUUCCUGCGGGAGUGCAUCGGGCGCUCGCAGGAGCCCGUGCUGGGCACCGUGCGCCUCUCUGUCUUCAAGGGCCAGGUCUACAUCCUGGGCAGGGAGUCCCCACGGUCCCUCUACAACGAGGAGCUGGUCAGCAUGAACGUGCAAGGGGACUACGAGCCCGCCGACGCCACCGGUUUCAUCAACAUCAACUCCCUCAGGCUGAAGGAAUAUCAUCGUCUCCAGAGCAAGGUCACCGUAAAGCAGGAUGAAUAGCAAUCAAUCGCACGCGAGCCUCCCGCUCCCCUUUCUAAUUUCUCCAAGAAGUAGCGCUAAUUGUGGUGGCAAUUUGUAAUUGUAACUCGUCUCCCUGGAGCGGAGCGGCUGCGGAGGUGACGGCUUUGUUACGGGGCUGCAAGUGAAAUGCAAUCGGGGGUGGGGGGAAAAAAAAGAGGUUUGUCCAUCGGAGGAGAAGUGGGGAAAGAAAUAAACC